AUGGCUGGACAGGCCCCCCACAUCCUCUACACAAAGGCACUCAUCCACAAAGGCCAUAGUUAUCUGUUUUGGUAUUCAGAGCCAGACUGUAGCACACCUGAUGAGUUCAUAAGAGCAGGAAUACAACCUGGGGAUAUAGAGAUUCACAAUGAUUCAGAGAGCUUCAACUUUCUCUUCAACAUCUUCAAAAAUGCUGAACAUCCAAUCAAUUGUGGUCAUAUGCCUCCUGACUUCAUACCUCUCAAUCCAUCAUCUAUACAACAUUGCACAGGGUUCUAUGCAACUGUUAUUGCAAGUGAACAUGCAUCCUACUCAAAGAUUUCUGCAGGUGUUUCUGCUGAUGCUUUGUCAAGGUCUGUGGAUGACAGGGUAUCUGCAGCAGUCCUGUGUCUUCCUAAUUUGGCAAUAAGCUAUGAUAUUCUCAACAAAGGCACAAUGAAAGUAUAUGCUGAAAAACAUGCAGUAUCUUGGUACAAUUACAUCAAUGAUCCAGAUUCAUUGGAUCAAAAAGCCCUGCAGGGUUCUUUGUAUGUCAUCACUGGAUCUGACAAAAUGACUACCUGGGGAGCUGCAGUUAUUGGAAGGGUGGCCAGCAGUUUAAAUCAUUCUCUUACAUGUGCUACAGCAUGCAUUGGUGGAUUAAAUGGUACAGAUCCACAUGCAUGGACCACUAGUUCUGGAUUUGAUACAUGCCUAUAUCCAUUUUCUCAUAUUGCUUAUCCUUACCCAAAACAUCUUGAGAACCAGUGUAUCUUUGCAUGUGGUGACACCAUAUCAGUUUCUGAAGUCCUGCUCAAAUCAUGCUAG